CUUUUUUACAGUUUCUACCUAUUUUUUAACCAGUGUAAAGUGUAAGUGUAUGCCUGUAGUUUUGGUAAGUGUUUUUGGCUGGGUAAGAUUCUCACGCUUUGAUUCAUCCCGACUAUAAUGUACAAGAUACAACCUGUUCAGUUUUUUUACCUAUUCCAUAUAUAUCUUAUACUUGCAUAUAAAUGUCUCGUUUGACAUAUGGGCUACUAGUUUGGUGAGUAGAUACGGCAGUGUCGCACGUGUAGAGUUGUGUACUUAAUUAAUUAAUUAUGUAUCCUUAAGACAAUAGAUUUAUCAAACGAGUGACGGUUUUAUAAAUAAAAGGAGUUCAAAGUGAUAACUGCUUUAAGGAGGAUAAUUAUAUGAAUCAAGUUUCUUGAUAUAUGCUGAAUUCUGUGAUACUAGUGUUAGUGCAAUAGACUGUAGCCAACAUGACAGCAAAGGAUAUGAAAGAAAAGGUUGAAGAGCCCUCAGAAGGGUUCAACCUCGACGGCAUCCUGUGCGAGCUGGGCAGCUUCGGCAAGUACCAGCUGCUGCUGCUAUUGCUGCUCUCCUUUCGCGACUCUUUCCUGGCCAUGUGUAACUUCAACUACGUCUUCGCGGCCGCUGAGGUGCCUUACAGAUGUGCAGUACCCGAAUGCGACUCCAUAGACCCAAGCUUCAACGCGUCCUGGGCGGAAUUCGCCUUGCGAAAUACGACCAAUACGUGCUACCGAGCGGCACCGUACGCUUUCAACUCAUCCAGCCAGCGAUGGAACGCGUCCAACUCGUGUAGUCCGGACUACUUCAGUUCUAGAGAUACAAUGGCGUGUGAGCGCGUUGUGUAUGAAAACUAUAAUAGUGUUGCGGCUGAGUUCGACUUGGGCUGCGAGCCGUGGAAGCGCACGAUGAUUGGCACCGUCCACAACAUCGGGCUGAUCAUCUCCUACAUACUUUAUGGAUUUGUCUCUGACCGGUACGGCCGCAAAGUCAUCAUCGUCGGCACGCCUAUUCUCGUGGGCAUCGUGGGGUUGGUUAAAUCUUUCUCCGUUAACUACUGGAUGCUGCUAGCUCUUGAGUUCAUCGAGACCGCGUUUGGAUACGGAAAUGCCUCUAUGGUCCUUUCAUUAGAAGCCGUCAGCCAAAAUGGUCGUGUUGCCUUUUCUUGCAUCUGGGAUAUCUUCACCAACAUCGGCACAGCUUUCUUCGGUCUCAUCGCCUGGAAGGUUCCUUACUGGAGGCAUCUCCUCCGUGCCAUUUACGCACCCCUCCUUGUUGUGGUCUUCUACAUCUUCUUGAUAGACGAGGGUGUACGCUGGCUACUAGCUCAUAAUAAGAAUGAUGAGGCUGUGAGGGUGUUGAACAAAGUAGCAAAGAUAAAUAAUGUAGAGCUCUCUAAUAAGGCGAAGCAGAUGAUGAAGUCGAUUGAACAGACUAAGAGUGAAGAGAACAACAACACGCCCUCCUGCUCAACUAAACACCUCCUCUCCGUUCUCCGCUCCCGCACCAUCCUCCUCCGCCUAACGCUUAUCUCCGCCUGCUUCAUCUGCCUCUCCUUCGUGUACACCAGCGCCAUCAUCUACUCAACGGGCAUCUUUGGAAACAAGUACUUGAACUACUCUGCGCUGCAGUUAGUGGCGGUGCCCACGCGCAUUAUUACAGCGCUGACGUUGAACCGCUUUGGAAGAAAAGCGCCAAUUUGUGUGGCGUACUGUCUCGCGGGUGUCUGUUUUAUUUCCUCCGCGUUUGUGCCGAGCUCACUCAGCUGGUUGUCCGUAGUCCUCUACCUGAUCGGCAAGAUGUGCAACAGCUACGGCAUGUUCUCUCUCUACGUUGUCAGCAUAGAGAUCUUCCCUACCACCGUGAGGAACUCGCUAGCCAACGUGGCGAAUACUGUGGGACGCAUCGGGGCCAUAUUGGCCCCACAAGUUCCUCUGCUGGAGCAAUACAUGCACAGCCUGCCCAGCGUAGUGAUCGGGCUGGUAGCCUUCAUACCUGGUCUGUUAGCUCUCCUGCUACCAGAAACCAGCCGGUCGCCGCUGCCCGACGACAUUCAGCAGGCCGAGAAACUCGACCAGACUGAAGAGGACGUUAAAGUUUAAGUGUGGUGACAGUGCGCAAAGGACACCGUAGAGAGCUGAGACAUUUAAGCUUGAUUCUAUAACCGAAUUCUCAAUUUGUGUUACAUUUCUGGGUCAACCUAAAAGAGGUCCAAUAGGGUGCACAGCGGAUCAACCGCAUACUUGUAGUCUUUAUAAGGAUUUUCUAUUUUAUCAUGACUUUGUCUCGUAUCAAAGACGGAGCCUGAAAUUUGAGAAGAUUAUCAAAGUUCUGAACGUCCAACUACAAGUAUAUGGCCCCAGUCCGUUGUGUGCGCUAACAUAUUCUUCCUAGUCAUUCUCUUUUGUUUCAAGAUGUCCAUGUCACCUGAUAAAGAUAGAGACUACAUUUAGAGAUCCUCUCAAGUCCAAUUGGGUGAUUUAGAGACAGAUAGAUUCACAGAUUCCAGAAGGUUUUCAGACAAAGACGCCAAUCAGCGUCUCCAGGAAUGUAACAAAUUCGAAUUUUCCAGCUCCUGAAAUGGAGAUUUAAGAGGAUCGGCCAAAUAAAGUGACAGUGCUAUGGACACAUUUGAAGUGGGAUUCUCAGUGCCUGUAAUUUAUAAAUAAGUAAGUCGUUUAGUCGAUUCACACACUGGCAUCGCGAUAUGACGCGGCAAGUGGAUUUUAAGAGUUAGAUGUCCGCAGUGUGAUGUUUACAUAUUUAAUCAUCAUAAUGUUAAAUCAGAGUGAAUUUAGAUAGGAAUAUUAUACGGUAAUUAGAUGAAGAGAUUCAAGUUAGGCUGGAACAGAGCCUUAGCAAAUUAGAUUGUAAGUGAUAUUGACUGUGCCAAAAUAAAGAUAUUAUUGUACGAUAUGUUGCUCAAAUGGAGAUAUUAACUAAAGAGUGUAGGGUCUAAGCCAGCUUUAGGUAUUGAAUGUGCCCUGAGAUUUGUGAUAUUAAAGUGGUUUAUUUUUGUAUUUUUUUUACUUUAAACGCGCUAAGUUAUGCUACAUAUUGCAUGUAGUUCUAACGGUGGGCACUCGCUAAGAUUUGAGAUGUAUAAUGUAUGUGUAAAAUGAAACGAUACCCAUAAUUCAAAUACAAUUUGUGUAUCGUUUAGAGCAGGUACUUUUUCGUUGAUAAUAAUAAUGAAGCACAAUUAUACGAUUACGCACACUUAAGGUCCUUUCGGAUGGUCAACGUUAAUUGUCAAUUUCCUUGACACAUUGCGUUGCCACAUAUAUGAAGUGUAGAAAAACAUACACACCGAAUUGAUAACCUCCUCCUUUUGAAAUCUUGAAGUCGGUUAAAAAAGGAGCAAAAUCGCUAUCAAAGAGAAUUUGAAAUAGAGGUGAAUUGUCAAAGAAAACUUUGUAGCCACGUAAAUUUACUGCCAUCUUUAGACACGUGAUUAAAACUUUUAGAACGCCAUUUAACAUUGAUCCUUAUUCUUUCACUGAUAUGUGUUAAAUAUCUAAUAUAUCAAAGGCCAAAUGGCGGCGUCGUUUCUAGCGGUACCACAACUUUUAGCCUAUGCCCGGUAAGAUGGCGCCACUUUUUGAUAUUGUAAAAAAAAUAAUCUAAACCGUUCUCCAUCUCGUUUUCAACAAUAAUAUUUAAAUUGAUUCUAUGUACCACUAUAAUGCUAUUAUCAUUUGUAUAUAAUUAUAAUGUAAAAUAAUUUAUACACAAUUUUUCCGAACUUAUAUUGGCCGUCGUUUCACACGAGACCAAUCAUUUUCCUCGGAUAAAAUGGGUUGUUUAAACUGUGCUCUACUUGUACAAUUUACUAUUUUGUUACUAGUAUUGCUUGCUAUCAAAAUUAUUUAAAACCUGACAAAAUAACUAAACAUAAGAAUCUUGAAUUGAAUUAAAUUUUUAUAUCUAGUACCUAUUCAAAUCAUCGUCAUGCCAAAAGUAUUGUUAUAUCUAGCUAAGUACGAAAUCCUAUGCAAUAUGUAAGUUGUACAUAUAGUUAUUGUUGAAUAUUUAAUACAUUGAUUAAGCAAAACCUA